AUGCAGGAUGUUAUAUUCUUGCCAGCCUAUGGCAUUUACUUUGAUGAUUUAUUUGAUUGGUCUGAUGUAACACAAAAAUGUAAACAUACGACAGCUGUCAUCAAUACCAAGGGUCUGCUAAAUAAUAAUGAGAAAAAUGGUCAUUUAGUGGAAUGUAAUGAAGAAAAAGUUGCUUUAUUUCGUCAUGGAAACAAUGUUUAUGCUGUCAAAGACAAAUGUCCACAUGCAGGUGGUCCACUACAUCUAGGUGAUAUAGAGGAACUACCAAAUGGAAAUCUGUGUGUAAAAUGUCCUUGGCAUAGUUGGAAGUUUGAUUUAGAAACAGGACAUGCCGAGUUUCCUAAAGGACAGAGUAAAACAGCUGUGACCUAUAGGGUGAAGGUGACAGAGACAGGGGAAAUCUACAUUGGAUUUGCAAGACUUUCUGAUAGAUAUUUUCAUGGUGAAAUAGAUUUCUGA